AGACCUUAAGCUGAAGCUUGAAGCUUGAAGCCACCGCCGAAGCUCCAGUAAUGGCUAAUUCUAAAUCCAAGCCAAGCCAGAUCCACAUGGCUAUUUGCUAUUAGUAAAAAAUACCAUUAAAUAAACCCCCCCCUAGAGAGAAUAGAGUGAAUGAAAGCCUUGGAGGCAACAAACAACACACUCUCUCUUUCAGUCUACUACUCACAUCUACCUCUUCUCUCUCUUACCCUGAAAUAGAGGAAGCAGAGAUACCCAUAGAAGCUUUAAUGUCCACCCACCGCUUCUGAGUCCCCCCUCUCUUUCUCUUUCUCUUUCUCUUUCUCUCUCUCUUUCUUCAAAGACUGAACCUUUGCUAUUUGGUCUAAAUCCUUCUCUGCUCAGAGACGCAGACCCAUUUCGCAUUUCUUGCCCUCUGUGUUGUUGUUGCUUAGAUAGGUCCCAAAAAGAAAGAAACAGAGACACCACCAACUACAGCCUUUCUGUAAUUCCCUCUCAACCAUUUCCCUCUGUUUCUGCAGCUACUGUUUCUCUUAGAUCUAUCACCGACCUGCCCUUAUUUCUAUUUCCAUUUAUUGUAGUCUUGUGUUUGUUGCAUUUGAGUUUUAGUAGCCAUGAGUAAAGAAGAGUUCUUGAAGAUCCAGAAAUGUGCUCUCAAAGUUAACAUUCACUGUGAUGGAUGCAAGCACAAGGUGAAGAAAAUCUUGCAGAAAAUUGAUGGGGUUUGUACAACCGACAUAGAUUCCGAGCAGGGGAAGGUGAUCGUUUCCGGCAAUGUUGACCCCUCCGUUCUGAUCAAGAAGCUCGCGAAAUCAGGGAAACGUGCAGAGCUCUGGGGCGCUCCGAAGGCCAACAACAACAAUCAGAACCAGAACAACAUGGCCAAUCAGUUGAAGAACAUGCAACUUGACAAUGGCAAAGGUGGGAAUAACAAAGGCCAGAACAACCAGAAGGGCGGCGGUGGAGGCGGAGGAGGAGGCAACAACAAUCAGCCUAAGGGUGGAGGACAACAAGGCCCAAACCCUCAGCAACAGCAACAGCAACAAAUUCAACAGCAACAGCAAAUGCAGCAGCAACUCCAGCAGCAGCUGCAGCAGCUUCAGCAAAUGAAGGGGUUGCAAGAUCUGAAGCUGCCCCAAUUGAAAGGGAUGCAAAUGCCUCCUGGUAUUAAGGGGCCGAACCCACCUAGCCAGAACCAGAAGGCUGUCAAAUUCGCGGACAUGGACGAAGAUGACAUGACUGAUGGUGAGUAUGAUGACGAGGAGGAUUUUGAUGACGAGGAGGAUUUUGAUGACGAGCACGAGCUGGAUGAUCCUCGCCUGCCUCUGAAUAAGAUGAUGUCGGCGGCAAUGGGUGGUGGUGGUCAGGGGCUGCCUCCUAUGAUGAUGAAUGGAAUGAACCACCCACAGAUGAUGAAUGUUCAGAAGGCUGGUGGUGGACAACAGAAUGGUGGCGGCGGCGGCGGCGGUGGUGGUAAUGGUGGAAAGAAAGGUGGUGGCGGCGGCGGAGGAGGGGGUGCGACGUCUCAGGGGAAUAUGGUUGGUGGCGGUGGAAAGAAAGGCGGUGGCGGUGGCGGUGGUGGAGAUCAUGGUCAAAAUCAAGCUGGGGGUGGCGGCAAAAAUGGAGGCAAGAACAGUGGUGGGUUUCCCCCAAAUGGUGGUGGUGGGGCACAGAACAAGAAUGGUAACGGAGGCCAAGGUGGUGGUGCUAAUGGCAAUGGAGCUAAAAAGGGUGGUGGUGGAAUGAGUGAGGCUCAACUUCAUGCUAUGAUGAGCCACCACCAGAACAUGGGUGGGAGACCUCAAGGCAUGCCUGGAGGUAAUGUGGGGCAGCAGAUGCCUGGGAUGAGCCAGAUGAACAUGGCAAUGGGUCCAAUGGGUCCAAUGCCAAUGGGUCAGAUGGGCCAAAUGCCGGCUGUUCAAGGUCUACCGGCUGCCGCCAUGAGAGGCGGCGGUGGCCCCGGUGGCUACUUCCAAGGAGCUGGGCCUGAGGCCAUGCCUGGUAACCCAUACCAGAACCCACAGUUAAUGGCUGCAAUGAUGAACCAGCAGAGAGCUAUGGGCGCCGGGGACAGGUCGUUCCAGCCUAUGAUGUAUAAUAGGAUUCCUCCAUCGACCAACUACAUGCCGCCCCAGCAUUACCCAUACCCUCCUCCUCCACCUGGUGGUGACCCCUACACCCAUUUCUUCAGUGAUGAGAACACUUCAAGCUGCAAUGUGAUGUGAAGCCAGAGCAAUCGACGGGAAGUUAGUGCUUGAUCUUCUGAGGAAUUGGGUUAGCUGCUGAGUUUGUGGUGGUGCUUCAGUUCAUGGGUUCUAAGGACUAGAAAUCUGAUGAUGCCAUAUUAUACAUGGAAAUGUUUUUUUUUCCUUUAGUUUUAAUUUUCAUCUUUCAUUUUACCUUUUAUCCUAAGUUAUAUUAGGAUUAAUUAUCAAUAGGGGAGUAUCUAUAGAUAAUAUAAUUAAAGCUUCUAGGGGAGAAUGAUGGGGGAUGUAAGUGAGGAAGAAAUAGUGUUUGCGAGCAUUCUCUUCUUUAUGAGAUGUUUAUAUGUGUUUAUAAGUUGCAGACAACAAUAAUAUAUGAAAAAGAGAACAUGGGAGAAGCAAAACAACCCCAACUCUCUCUCUCUCUCUGCCCAUUUUCUCC